UUAGGUUUUUGUCGAGCCUUCUUAUUAUAAACUAACUCUCGAGACAAGUCUUGAAACACCCAGCGUCGUCAACUAGCAAUUCCCACGUUGCCAUAAACCUUGAAAAUAUGAAAGGGACUUUUAGACGAGUGAGUAUAAGUUCCUACAAGAACAAGAAACGAGAAACCAACAGCAGCACUGUUCGACAGCCACUGUUGUCCCAAAAACCACUCACUGAUAAGGACGAAACCAACAGAUCCGAAGAAGUAAUGGAAUCUGGAUCAAGCCACCAAAUUUCUCCUUGCAAGAAGUUUCAGCAACACCAUGGCAUACCGGCAGUGCCAAUGGCAAAGCGUAGCGCCAAUGAAGUACUCAUUCGACCAGUAGUCUAUGUAGACUGCGAGUUUGAUGCAUCCAUAGAACUUCCGUUUGGAGAAGACAGCAUUGCAGCAAACAUCAGGGACAUUCGAAGACGAGAAAAGGAACGAGAAGCGUCUGCCAGGUACCUUCAAUGGUGUCUCUACGCUUCAUUGGCCCUGCUCCUAUUGGUUGCGGCGUGGUAUAUUGUUUCCGCCGUCCAGAUAGACCUCGGGCUGAGUCUGCAAGUAGCCCGCUCAGACUCAGUUCCGAAAUUGACUCGGACUGCCUUCCUAGACGAAGUAAACAAGAUCCGGAACAGUGUUCCUUAAAGAGUAAAGUCUAACAAGUGGAGUUCUGUUUUACUUGAAUUGAUCGUGGAUGUUGGUUCCCUGCUGCUUCCUUGGAACGUAACAUUGGCUGAGACUGCUGCAUCUCUAAAUGGCCUUUCCUCCCAUCUAUUCUUCUUGCAUCCAGUUUAUUCGUCUUGGGACUUCGAAGGUCCAUGUACAGCCAAAAGGCACACGCGUGCAAUGCAUGCUCGUAGCUAGUAAGUGCAAAUAUAGAAUCACACACUCCACUAGUUG